GAAGAAAUUAGCCGGCGACUUGACAACCUUCCUGAGUAGAAGCGCCUCAUUUCCUUAAUGUAGAGUUUGCCUACAAAGUUAAAAAGUAUUUUUACUCUGGUUUGAGGUCUCUUCAUGUAGCAUAAAUGCCGAAACUUUCACCCAAAGCUCCGGGUUUCGUUGCCGUCCGCGUUCAUUGCUAGGCGAUGGACGGGAAGCAGAUCCAGGUGAGUGACGAAGAGCCCAAAGUCCUGCGAGAAGAGAACCGACGGAGGAGAAGAAAGAAGGCCAUCUCCUCAUCCUCCUGCACCGCCAUGGAUCAGAUCACCGUUGAGUUUGUCCUGCCCACCGUGGCGCGGAGCGGAAACAGCCCCGACACUCUGCUGCUGGAGGUGGCUGGGAACUGGACUGUGGAACAGGUGAAAGCUCAGGUGUGGUUGAAGGCGGUGACUUUAAACCUCUGCCCUGACUUCUACCAGAGGUUUUCUCCGGACCACUGCAUCCUGCUCUACCAGAAAAAAGGCAACGUGUGUGAGAUCUACGACAAGCACCAGGUCUUCCAGACGCUGGACUGCAUUCGUUACUGGAGAGCCCUCAAGAAAGAUGUGGGGCGGAUCCAGCUGGUCCCCCGUCCGCAGCCCUCAGACGAGUCCCUGCAGUACCAGCGCUAUCUCAACUACCUAAUUGGCUACGACGUGACCGAUGUCAGCAACGUGCACGACGAUGAGCUGGAGUUCACCCGCAGGAAGCUGCUGACGCCGCGACGCAUCGAGCUGUCCGACCGCGACCCAAAACUCUACUCCAUGGACCCCUGGUUGACCCGCAAGCCCCUGCCUGACCACCUGCUCAGCAAGAUCACUAACAGUCACAUCCUGGUGGUGAUCCACAGCAGCACGGCCAGCCAGACCAUCAAGGUCUCCAUCGAUGACACGCCAGCGCAGGUGUUGGCGAGCUUUUUCACCAAGACAGCCAAUAAGAGAGUUUUGCUGGGCAUCCCUGACCACUUGUGCGAGGCAGACUUUGUGUUACGUGUGUGUGGAAGGGAGGAGUACCUGUACGGAGAGAAACCACUGCAGAACUUCAACUGGAUCCGCCAGUGUCUGAAGAACGGGGAGGAAAUCCACUUGGUUCUGGAGACGCCACCUGAUCCCGACCUGGAUCUGGUCCAGAAGGAGGACUGGGCACAAGUGGAUGACUGCACCGGAGUCGCAGGUACCCAUGAACAGUUGACCAUCGAUGAGAAGGACCAUGAACGAGUGUUCACCAUCUCUAUGUGGGACUGUAACAGGAAGUUCAGAGUGAAGGUGCUGGGAAUUGACAUCCCAUCCCUCCCCAAAAUCCCAGAGUUUAUUGUUUUCAUAGAAGCCAGCAUCUUUCACGGCCAACAGCUUUUAGCCCAGGAGAGGACGUCCUCUAAAAACUUCAAUGAAGAAGUGCUGUGGAACUGCUGGUUGGAGUUUAACAUUAAGAUCAAGGACCUGCCUAAAGGAGCACGCCUUAACCUCCAGGUGGUCUGUGGGAAGCAGCCCCUAACACCGAACUCCAAGGGGGCUUCACCCUACCAGGAUAAUACAGCAGGAACUAGCAGCCAUGAUGGAAAGAUCAAGAGUCGUCUUCUGUACUAUGUCAACCUGCUGCUCAUCGACCACCGCUCUCUGCUCCGCCAGGGCGAGUUCAUCCUCCACAUGUGGAAAAUGCCAGAGAAGAGCGAUGAGAGCAGCAGCAGCAUUAACGCAGACAAGCUCACCUCAGCCACCAACCCAGACAAAGCUUCCGCCAUGGCCAUUGCCAUCUUACUGGACAAGUACUGCUACCCCGUGGUGCUGCCCAAGAGUCGCGACGUGGGCCGGGACUUCGCAGCUGGGAGCGAGGAAGCCGAGGGAGGGGAGCGAGGUCAGAGGGAGAUGCCGAACCACCUGAAGAAACAGUUUGAGGCUAUCGUGGCUACGGACCCUUUGCAUCCACUCAGUCCUGAGGACAAAGAGCUGCUGUGGCACUUCAGGCAUGAGUGUAUGCGCGACCCCAGGGCCUACCCAAAGCUUCUGGGUUCAGUCAGGUGGGGGAAACAGGAAGAUGUUUUGGCAACUCACCGUCUGCUUGAGCGUAGCAGUGCAUGGGACAGCAGUGGUCUGGAUGUUGGUCUGGCCAUGCAGCUGCUGGACUGUCACUACUCAGAUGCUCAGGUUCGCUCAAUGGCUGUCAGGAAGCUGGAGACUCUGGAAGAUGAUGAUGUGCUGAGAUACCUUCUGCAGCUUGUACAGGCGGUCAAGUUUGAGCCUUACCAUGACAGCGCCCUGGUCAGGUUCCUGCUGAAGAGAGCUCUGAGGAGUAAGCGUAUAGGUCAUUUUCUCUUCUGGUUCCUGCGCAGUGAGAUCGCCCAGUCCAUGCAUUACCAGCAGAGGUAUGCUGUCCUGCUGGAGGCCUACCUGAGAGGCUGUGGUGAAGACAUGCUGCAGGACUUCAGGAAACAGGUGGAGAUGACUGAGGCUCUGCAGAAAGUCACGCGUGAGACCAAGGUCAUGUCUGCUGACAAGUACGACAUUACUGCACAAGUGGUGUUUCAGUUGCGUCAGAAGCUGGAGACUCUGCAGUCGUCCGGUCUGCCAGAGAGUUUCAGAGUCCCUUAUGAUCCUGGACUAAGAGCUGGAGCCCUGCUGAUCGAGCAGUGUAAAGUGAUGGCAUCUAAGAAGAAGCCUCUGUGGCUGCAGUUUAAAAGGGCCGACCCCACCACUCUGUCCAAAGACCCCAUCGGCAUCAUCUUCAAAGACGGCGAUGACCUCAGACAGGAUAUGCUCAUCCUGCAGAUUCUGCUGAUCAUGGAGUCGAUCUGGGAGACUGAAUCACUGGAUCUCUGCCUGUUACCAUAUGGCUGCAUCUCCACUGGAAACCGAAUAGGCAUGAUUGAGAUUGUGAAGGACGCCAACACCAUUGCUAACAUCCAGCAGAGUGUUGUGGGAAGCACCGGCGCUUUUAAAGAUGAAAUCCUUUAUCAGUGGCUCCGGGACAAAUGUGUCAGCGAGGACAAGUUCCAGCAGGCUGUGGAGAGGUUUCUGUAUUCCUGUGGUGGCUACUGUGUGGCUACAUACGUCCUGGGUAUUGGGGAUCGCCACAAUGACAACAUUAUGAUCACUGAAUCUGGGAACCUCUUCCAUAUCGACUUUGGUCACAUCCUGGGGAAUUAUAAGAGUUUCAUGGGAAUCAGCAAGGAGUGGGUUCCCUUUGUGCUCACUCCGGACUUCCUGUAUGUCAUGGGAACAUCAGGAAAGAAAAGUAGCCCCCACUUCCAGAAAUUCCAGGACGUGUGUGUGAAGGCUUACCUUGCCCUUCGGCACCACACCAACCUCCUCAUCAUCCUGUUCUCCAUGAUGCUGAUGACCGGCAUGCCCCAGCUGACUAGUAAGGAGGAUAUUGAGUAUAUUCGUGAGGCGCUGACCGUCGGUCGCGCUGACGACGAGGCACAGCGCCAUCUGCUGGACCAGAUAGAGAUCUGCCGGGAAAAGGGCUGGAUGGUUCAGAUCAACUGGUUUGUUCAUCUGGUGCUGGGGAUCAAGCAGGGUGUGGAGAAACGGUCCACUUAGGACUCUGUAUAAAAAAGAUUAAGAUUUAUAUGUUUUACUUUACGGCCUUUUUGCUUUUUAUUUGAUGUAAAUAAGAGUCUUACAAGAAGGUUCCUACAGAAAAGUCUACUACACUCUGCAAGAGUGAAAAGUUAUCGUGAGGAUUUUGACCUGUGACACUGUAUAUAUGUACCGAGUGCCCAAGUGCAAAAUUCAAUUGAAAUUAUUGUUAAAUUAAUUCUGUUCUGUGGUGAGGAGUAACACAGCUUUGACCAAGUCAAACAUUCACAUCAAACUCAAAAUAACAUGUAUUUUUUAAAUUUUUUUUGCCUUACAAUCGUCUUCAUACAAGUCUUUGCCUGAGUUACUUCUCAUUUCCACACAUUUUAAUUUCUCCCGAUUCAAGACUCUUCUAUCUGCUUAACCACCUGAAACAAUUAAUGAUAGAUUUUAGUUAAAUAAGUACAAAAGACCUUUUGAAAAUAAAAAACAAACCAAGUAAGGAAUUGGAUCUCUGCACUCUGUUGUCAUUGUUUUCAAAGUUAAACUACUUCCUGUUUCUUUUCCUGCUGAGGAAACAUGUUUCUCUCACAUUUCCUUCACAUUGUUUGUGUUGGGAAGGUACAUGUCACACUGAAGGAGAGCUGUUCUGUCCCUCCAUUCUAAGAGGAGCUAUUAGAUUGUUGGUCAAAAUGUUUAAUCUACUAAACAUUUGUUUUUAUUGAAGAAAAUGCAAGGAAUCAUUUAAUUAGUUCAAUUCUCCUGGUAAGAGGUUGAAAAUAAUGUAAUAUUAAUAAAAUGUUCAAUGUGAGUUUUUAUUAUUUAUUAUAUUUUUAGCCAUCUUUUUAUUUGCAUUGAUUUUGGAGGACUCUUAGAUGUUUUGAAAAACUUGGUGCUCGUGAAAUUUAAAUUCCACAGAUAUGUGUUAAAAGUAAAACUAAUUAUGCUAAUUUAUGACUACAUUCUGCACAUCUGUGGCAUUGGAAUGCUACAGUGGCCUGUUUGGUGACAUUUAGCACAUGCUGGUCAGUGCUGUAGUCACUUCUUAUAGGAUGCUGGAACCUAUAUUUUUUUUGUCUACUGCCUUUUGAUUUGGACUGUUUUAUUUACAUCAUCAAGACAGUGAGAAGUGAAAAAAAAACUGUAAACCAUCACUCAAUUUUAAAAUUUCUUAUGUGAUCUACACCCAUACUUUGACUGAAAGCAACAAGUUCAAAUAGUUCAAUUCACAUAGUUUUUUCACAAAUCCUGACAAAUAGAUGAGACUACAGCAAGUUAAGAGACAAGGAAAAACAUUUUAUUACAUAGAUUAUAUUAUAGUAUUGGCCAUUACAGAUUGGGGAUGAAUGGGAAUAGAAUCAGAUUUUUUGUUACAACUCACAAGUUACUUUCCAGUAAUAACAGCUACAAUAAGAAUCAGCAGUUUGAAAAUCAGUAUUGUUUUUAAAGCUUCAAUAAAAACACGUUGAAAGCCAACUGUAAAUGCUUUCAAUUAUUGAUCCUGGAAAUGAAAUAACUGGAACAUGGUAACAUUUCUAUGUCAUGGGAAUGAGAAUAUUAAAGUUUUGUACUAUAAA